UCUAAUGUUCUGUUCUAACCUAUAAGUCGCUGUUCGCUUCCAUCGUUCAAUGAAGUAAGUUUCAGAAAGGUUAAGUCACCAGGAAUUAAGCAGUGUAUUAAUCGAGAUAUAGCUUCGCAUUGCAAUCCAGCAUUAAUAACGAUUGCGGCACAACGUGGAAUUUUGCAAAUUAUCUCCAUCGUUCACUGAAUACUCCAGUGAAACGAUGAACAUGGCAGCAAGUGCUGGUCUCACGCGACAAGAGGUGUUGAUGUUAGUAGCAAGAUUAACUUGUGUUGCAGCGAUUGGUUUUUUCAGUAUGAGGUGGCUUAUUACUCAGCUUGAUCCUACCAGGAGUACCAAGCAAAGAGCCAAAAAGAAGGCUCGAGAACAGUUACGCAAAUUAGCAGAGAGUGACAAAUAUGCACGAUCUUUUGACAUGGAUCAGCUAACGGAUUACGAGAUGAUAAUAGCUAACCAUUUGGUUGAUCCAAAUGAUAUUAAGAUAUCGUGGAGCAACAUUGCUGGUCUUGAUAAUAUUAUUCAAGAGCUCAAGGAGACAGUUAUUCUGCCUAUACAGAGGAAGGAGUUAUUUGAAGAUUCACAGCUGACUCAAGCACCCAAGGGGGUAUUAUUAUAUGGUCCGCCAGGUUGCGGCAAGACUAUGAUCGCUAAGGCCACAGCUCGGGAAGCAAAAACGCGUUUCAUAAAUUUAGAUGUGAGUAUUCUGACUGAUAAAUGGUAUGGAGAAAGUCAGAAGUUGGCCGCUGCCGUUUUUUCAUUGGCGAUGAAAUUGCAGCCCUGCAUUAUUUUCAUUGAUGAAAUAGAUUCGUUUUUGAGAUCCCGCAAUUCACAAGAUCACGAGGCGACAGCGAUGAUGAAGGCUCAGUUUAUGUCAUUGUGGGAUGGUUUGAUAACCGAUUCUGAUUGUACUGUGAUUAUAAUGGGAGCCACUAAUAGGCCGCAAGAUUUAGAUAAGGCAAUUCUGCGUCGUAUGCCAGCGACUUUCCAUAUUGGAUUGCCUAAUGAGCAACAGCGAUUAAAAGUUUUACAAUUAAUAUUGAAAAACGAGCCAACUGCAGAAAACGUAGAAAUUGCAACAUUGGCGAAACAUACAGAAGGCUUCUCUGGAUCAGAUUUACAAGAACUUUGUCGGAAUGCAUCUAUAUAUCGUAUUAGAGAUUAUUUGUGCUCACACGAUGGGGCCAAAUAUGAGAACAAUACGGACGAUGAAUACGAUGAAGAGUUUCACGAUACGGUACGACCCAUCACGAUGGAGGAUUUACUGAAAUCGUUCAAAAAGAUGAGAAUGUCGAAAUUGCAUACCGGCACGCUUAGUACAAGACAGUUAGAUCUAGAUUAAGAAAAGGAAAUUUAUUCUUUAUUAAUCACUGUCCGUUAUGACUCCCUCGGCAGUUCUUCGUGUGUUACAUAGAUAUGACAACGAUGAAAGUGAUCCUGCUUCAUCAUGGAGCUGUUUUGGGUACUGGGUACUGUUGAAGCGGUUUCCUUAUGUCGUGAACGUUUAAUAAUUUUUAUGAAGGCAUUAUAAUGUUAAAGUAGUCUAAAUAAAAUUAUCAAGAAAAGUGUUUAUAAUUCCAGAGCAAAAAACAUCGUAAGCAAAAA